UGCAACUUCCACACUCAUAAACCAACAUUGAUUUUUACAUCUUCAACAAACUUCAAUCAAAAGCCUGCUCAAUUAGCUUGAAUCUACAAUGGCUGCAACAACUGCUAUGCAAUCAGUCCUUGGAAGCUCCAUUGCCUACGGAGCUGCAGGCAACAACAGACCACUGAACCUAUGGAGUACCGUUCCGGCUAGUUAUGCAGUUUCGAGCUAUCUCAGGGUUCGCUCAAUGGCCGAGGAUGGUCAAAAGAAGCAACCAACAACUGUAACAAAAGCCUCAAAGGAUCCCCAGCCAGCAGCUUCUCCACCAUCUCCCAAGUUUUCAGACGUGUUUGCAUUCAGUGGACCAGCACCGGAGAGAAUCAACGGCAGGCUGGCAAUGGUGGGCUUCGUUGCAGCUCUGGCUGUCGAACUAUCAAAGGGGCAAGAUGUGUUUGCUCAGAUAUCCAACGGCCCCGGAGUACCUUUGUUCAUCGGCACAAGUAUUUUGCUAUCAGUAGCAUCCUUGGUUCCUCUAUUGAAAGGAGUGACCGUGGAGUCCAAAUCCGACGGGAUCUUUACCUCGGAUGCAGAGCUCUGGAAUGGAAGGUUGGCCAUGUUGGGUCUUGUAGCUUUGGCCUUCACCGAGUACGUGACUGGCAGUACCCUAGUGUAGAUCUCUCUCUCAUUGCUCAUUACGUUUCACAGCUGGCUUAUAUGCACACCUCUAGCUUUGGUCUUCUCCGCGUAUGUCGGUGGAACCCUAGUGUAGAUCUGUCUCAUUCCUCAUUACACUACACAGGGUGUUCACUAGCUUAUAUAAGCACACCCUGUAAAUUAAUAUGUAAUUACGCAUAAUUAAUAAGAGCUUCAAAUUUACGGAUUCA